GAAGGACUGAGAGCUGUAAACCACCAGCACCCGUCGAAGGAGCCUGAAGGUCCAGUGCUCCAGAAUUUGAAAUGGUAGGUUCAGAGAUUUCGGACCCACCGUCACCCUUUCGAGCUCAGCGGGGAGGGGAAGAAGAAGAGAGGGGUCGGCCGCGGCACUUUGACGCCAAAGCCAAAGCCCGUUGCUGGCAAUUCGCCGACGUUGUCGCCGGUCGCCAUCCCGAACGGUGGCGGCGUGACUCGGCCGGAAACGUCGUCUGCAAGCGCUUUUAUAACUGCCAGGGCUGUCUCUGCUUCGAAUAUGAUCACGUCAUUCCAUAUUCCAAAGGCGGUGAGUCCACUGCAGAGAAUUGCCAGAUUCUUCAGACGAGGGUGAAUAGGCUCAAGGCAGAUAAAGCGUGGGUGGAUGAAAAAGAACUUCAGGGUUUCUCUUGUGAUAUCAAAUUUACCGAUAAGGAAUUGGAUAUAAUUGAGAUGGCUGUUUAUGGGGAUGUAAUCCGUCCAGGACAUGAGUGUCGCUGCCGCACUGUUGCAGAAAUGCUGGGCAAAGUCAAGCCCAAAAAGCCUUUGGCUGCUUGCAAGCUGCCAUAUGAAGAAGCAAAUCGAAGGAGAGAUUCCACCAGGGCUCUUCCCGCGAGAACCUCGCACACCCAAAAGCUUCCGCUCCGUCCGUCUCCCGUUAAUUUCGCGAUGAUUUUCAGAUAUAAAAACCUCACCUUUCGUCGCAUUUUCUCCUUUCGGGAUGUCUCCCCGGGUUCCACCGCGGCUCUGUUAGCCUUCUCCGCCUUUUUCCCAUAUUGUUUCCACGCAAAUCCCCAUUUUGCUUGUUAAUCCUCCGGCGCCGGAG